CGCGUUACCUGUCAUGAGUAUCGGAUUUUAGGCACACAGGAUGGGCAUUGUACAGUGAAUCAGUGUACAUAUGUACAAAGGGGAAAUGUGUAUUUCAAGAUAAAUGUGAAGCACCGUCUAAUAGCUCAGCGGGAUAGUUCUGGACUGUUAGAUGUUGUUUACAUUCUUUUUUAUUUUGUUUCGGAAUACUCGAAGUUAGUCAGUUGCGGUGUUUUAAGAGUAUGAGCUACAAUUUUAACCUUUAGUGACAGUUGGACGGUUGUAGCUGUUGUAGAUACUCCAGAGAAUUUUCAACAUGCAGACAAUAAAGUGUGUCGUAGUCGGCGACGGAGCUGUGGGUAAAACGUGUCUUCUGAUCUCGUAUACGACCAAUAAAUUUCCAUCCGAAUAUGUGCCCACAGUUUUUGACAAUUAUGCGGUUACGGUAAUGAUAGGAGGAGAUCCGUACACUUUGGGAUUAUUCGAUACGGCUGGUCAGGAAGAUUACGACAGGCUGAGACCACUGAGUUAUCCUCAGACAGACGUAUUUCUCGUCUGCUUUUCCGUAGUGUCGCCUUCGUCGUUCGAAAACGUUAAGGAAAAGUGGGUGCCGGAAAUCACGCAUCAUUGUCCGAGGACUCCGUUCCUACUCGUCGGUACCCAGAUCGAUUUGAGGGAUGACGGUACCACCACCGAGAAAUUGGCAAAGAAUAAACAAAAGCCGAUAUCGGCGGAGCAAGGGGAGAAGCUUGCCAAAGAAUUGAAAGCGGUGAAGUACGUGGAAUGCAGUGCCCUUACGCAAAAAGGCUUGAAGAACGUGUUCGACGAAGCCAUACUAGCUGCCCUCGAACCUCCGGAGCCAGUCAAGAAAAGGAAGUGCGCGCUCUUAUAAAAAGGGUAUUUAUUUUGAGAGCGACGCAUGUCCGAAAGGGAAACUAUGUUCUAUUCAACGAUAGCGAGCGGCGAAUCUAACGCGUAGUAUAAUGCACUGUUAGAAAAUCGAGACUGUGCUCUUUUACGGUUCCUUUCUCGAGGGGAGGGGAAAAAAAAGAAAGAAACAUCGAUCGCCGAGAAGAAAAGCAAAAAACAGCCGCUAACAUCAACGCGACAAUUCCAAUCGAGUCUAAUCGAAUGUAUCUAUAUUGCCACGUUACGAUCGCGAUCACAUUCCACGCAGCGCGGGUAAUCCAGCUUGAAAUUUCGAUCGGGUACUUCAAUUCAAUCGUACUGCACAAAAAUUUUCUAAUUUUUUAAAUUGCGCGAAUACCGUAAUCGUCGCUAUCGAUCGAAUUUACAAAAAAAGAAAAGAAACGAUAAAACUCAUCGAUGGGAUCGGUAUCGUUCAAAAUUGCAUCGAUACUCUUAUCGCAACGAUUGGUGCUACCGCUACGAAUAGCGUUGUUUCUCGUGUUUCUAGUAAUCGGGGAUCAAACGAAUCGCAGAGCGUUCGUUGGGGUUUUCGGUCGUGGAGUCAGCCAGUUUUUCGGGAGUAAAAAUGUAAAACAAUCGGAACGUUCCUUUCCAGUGUAAAUGGAUGAAAUUGUUUGGAAGCGAGACACCAGUAUUAGAGAUCGAGCGAUUGACGUAUAAACACACGAUAUAUCGUAGAUACAUGGUUUAUAGAUACGUACGUAUAUCUCAGACUGCAUAUAACGAAGCGAACGACCGAAACACGUUUAACUAGCGUACAGAUAUUUUCGAGUCUGCUGCCCCACCGAUUCGAUUAACGAAAAUUGUAGACGGCAGCUAUAAUGCCCGGGAGGAAACAAGCGUCUUGCUCUCGAAGAAUUUUUGGCAUCUGAUUUUGUACAUAUCAGCGUCUGCCUCGGCACGCGGUCCGCCACAGAUCGACCGAUCGGAUCGACACGCAUUUAUACAUACUUACUUGGUCGGUAAGAUUCGAGCGAGAAUCGAUUUUGGCGGCACAGGUACAGAGGCACGGACGGUGCUAUCCUCGCGGAAGAUCAAAACCGUCGCGUCUAUUCGCGUCGCAGUCGGCGAGUUCAAUAGGAACGACCAAAGAAGCGAACGCUUCUGGCUGGUCGGUACGAUUACGUAUUAUUUAUUGAGCGACCGUCGUAUUAUUUGUUAACCGAAUAUUCACCGCCUAAUGGUUUUCUCACAAACUUGUUUGAAUGUUACGUGAACUGGAUAUUCACGGGAACGGGCAAGACCAGCCGCUUUCCGCUAGAUCGAGCGGCGGGAUCAACGAUCGUCUCGCACGUAUCCAGUUGAGAGAAAGAAAGAGAGAAAAAGAGAGAGAGAGAGAGAGGUGGCAUUUAGUAGCAUGUACGUGUCGCGCUAUGUAGACACAAACAUAUAACGAAAUAUUCACAUAAAUAUAUUUAUACUAUGCAUCAA